AUGUCGGGAAAAGAACAACCUCCUGAAGCUCUGACGGGAGAUGAAGCCCCGGACGAACGGGCGGCGGAUGCCACUGCGAUGGAGAAAUUCGCAGAGAGAAAUGGCGAGCUGUACAUGCGGCUUCUGAUGUCGACGUCCGACGGCGCAGGAGGGUUCUCCCGCGCGGCAUCACCGGUGGUACAAGAGUACGGGCCGAUUGGAGAUGCUGAGUAUGGGGAUGGUCGUGCUGCCUUUGUAGCGCUAGAGAAGAAGUACAAGGUGGCGGAGACAGCGCGGGAAAUGCGCAAGGCGGACGAGGCAAUGGUCGCGGUAGCCAAGCUUCCGGUGGAAGCGGUCGAGGACGGCGCCGGGACAAUAGUCAAAAUUCGAAGGGCUUGGGCAGGCGUGGUGCAGACGGAGCCUGAUGACUACAUGCGGGUGCAGAAGGCACCUGUUGCGGCGCUGCCGGAAACGCGCGCCGCCAACAACCCGCAGGCGCAGAAGGUGCCUGGUGCGGCGCAGCUAGAGGAGCGCGCAGCUGGAGUUGUGCAGGUGCAGGAUGAGCCUGCUGCGGUGCUACGUGAUGAUCGCGCCGCUGGUGAUGUGCCGGUGCAGGCGGCGCUUGUGGCAACGGCUCACCUUCAGGCGGAGGAGGCGUCUGAUGGAACAAAGUAUGUCGGGUACACCAAUGUGUUUCAAGUGGAACAGGUGCAUCCCUCCGCUGUUGGAGACACGACUGUAUACACCGAUUCUGCCGCUUCUAGCAACAUGAUAUGCACCGAGCCCCGCCUGUCCAAACAUGUUCGUGAUCCGGUGGACUGCGCCGUGCGUAUCAUCGGGUCGUGUGGUACCUCAAAUGCAACCAAGAAAGGGGCUAACAUCUUGUCGGCUGGAGCUUUGGCCGAGAAGAGGGUGAUGUGUGAUCUAUUGUCGACCCCGCCGGCACUUCGCCAUGACAACCAUGUAUUCCCCAUCUCGACCGCGGUGCGGCGGAUGUACGUCGUGAACGUCAUCAUCGACGACGUCAAUCUGACGCCGCAGGUGUGCCGCACCAAGGUCGACGCUGAUAUGUGGCAUCGUAGAAUGAGUCAUUACCCACGUGCUCUGCAGCAGCUGUCAGACAAUGUGACAACCGAAGUGAAGUUCAACCGGAACAUCGAACUAGGUGACUACGGGGUUUGCGCGGUUGGCGACAGCAAGGAAGGUAGCCACCCCCCGUCGAAUCGCACUCGAGUCACGACUCGGCUUGGGAUUCUGAGCGCCGACGUGUGGGGGCCGCACGNGUUUGGCUUUCUCCUGAAGACGAAAGAUGGGGUGGCGGAGUCGCUCCAAGAGCUUAUCCAGAACGAAGCGGAUCCUUUGGGGACCUGCAUCGGCAAGGUGCACUGCGAUGGCGCAGCAGAGUUUAAGGGCAGGUUCCAUGCGUCGUGUGAGUCCAUGGGGAUCAAGGUGGAUAAUAGCCAUCCCUACGUCCCGCAAGGGAACGCCAUCGCCGAACGUGGACUUGGCACCAUCACCGGAACGGCGCUCAAGCUACUCCUGGGAGCACCGCACCUUCCAGGCCAUCUGUGGGGCCAUGUGUGGGGCGAAGCAUUCCAUACGGCUGUCUACCUCAAGAAUCGCACACCUACGGAGGUUCUGAGCGGAAAGGCCCCACUUGAGGUAUGGGAGGGGAAACCGCUCGGUGACAUGUCGCACAUCCACGAAUGGGGCUCGGUAGCCUAUAAGCAUGAGGAAGCGCGAUUCCGGAACACCAAGCUGUCAGCUAGGGCCAAGAAGAUGUAUCAUGUGGUGUACAACACUAAAAAUGGGACAUACAGGCUGUGGGAACCGGCGGAGCCCCUCAAGAUCACAAACUCCGCUGAGGUGGUCUCCAACGUACCGGAGAGGAUGAAUCUGCAUACGACGGAGGCGCACGAGCGGACCGUGCAUGCCCUGUUGACGGGAAGUGUGCUUGGAAACAUCUGGACUGGUCGCCCCGGUGAGGCGGGCUACAGGCCUGCUGAUCCCGCAAGCUAUGACGCAGCGGUCAACGGCACGGAGGGAGAACUCUGGAGAGAAAGCGUCAGCGACAAGGGAAAGUCGCUGAACAAACAUGACGUGUUCGACUGGGUGGAUCCGCCGAAGAACGCCAAACCGAUCCCGUCUAGGUUCCAUUUCGUGUGGAAGUACAAUCAGGGCGGCGUGGCGGUUCGCGUGAAAACUCGUGUGGUGGUGCAAGGCUUUUACGAAGCUGAUACGGGGGCCGACAAGGCGGCGCCGGUGGCGUCCAUGGAAUCCGUACACAUGGUGUUAGCAGUUGCUGCCCACAACCAUCUCGUCCUGAAGCAAGCGGAUAUCAAGACGGCAUUUCUACAUGCCAGAAUCCCCGAGGAGGCGGAGCCUACAUACAUCAUACCGCCGAAGGGAUUCCCGUGUUCGCCGGGUCAGGCUAAACAAGUCUGGCUUCUCAAGGCGUGGCUCUAUGGCCUGCGCCUCUCCCCGAAGGGAUGGAACGACGAUCAGAAGUCGACUACGGGGAUCGUUCUAUUCCUAGCCGGUGGUCCGGUGGACCGGAGGGCGGCUAAACAACCGCUGGUGGCCGUCUCAUCGGUGGAGGCGGAGUACGUGGCGUUGUCCAAGGCUUGCCAGCUCAUCAUCCCCUUCCGGCACCUACUGAAGACUAUAAGACGUGCCCAAAAGGAGGCAACGGUGCUUUACGAGGAUAACUCCGGGGCUAUAUUGACUAGCGUUAGCUCCAAGAUCACGCCCAGGACCAAGCAUAUUGAUGUCAAGUAUCACCACAUCAGGUCGCUGAUCCAGGAUGGAGUCGUAAAGGUCGAGAAGAUCGAGUCAGCAAUGCAGAAAGCUGGCAUGUUUACCAAGAGUUUGGGUGCUGUGAAGUUCAUCAAGAACCGCAUGAUGCUCCUAGGAGAAUAA